AAAAACAAAAAAAUCCGAUAAUGGCAUCCCGCAAGAAAGUACUACUGAAAGUAAUUAUCCUCGGGGAUUCCGGAGUCGGAAAAACCUCCCUAAUGAACCAGUACGUCAACAAAAAAUUUAGCAACCAGUACAAAGCAACUAUUGGAGCUGAUUUUUUGACUAAAGAAGUAAUGGUUGAUGAUAGGAUAGUUACUAUGCAGAUUUGGGAUACAGCAGGACAAGAAAGAUUCCAAUCACUGGGAGUUGCAUUUUAUCGAGGCGCUGAUUGUUGCGUGCUAGUAUUUGACGUCGCAGCCCCAACCUCCUUCAAAUCAUUAGACUCAUGGCGAGACGAAUUUUUAAUCCAAGCUUCACCCCGAGACCCCGAUAAUUUUCCAUUUGUCGUGCUGGGCAACAAAGUCGAUCUUGAGAACAGAGCUGUCUCCAGCAAGAGAGCACACCAGUGGUGUCAAUCAAAAAAUAAUAUCCCGUACUUUGAAACGAGCGCCAAAGAGGCUAUUAAUGUCGAACAAGCUUUCCAGACGAUAGCUAAAAAUGCUUUGGCUCAAGAAAGCGAGGUGGAACUGUAUAACGAAUUUCCAGAUCAAAUAAAACUCACCAACGAUCAAAGGAGUAAUGGCAAGGGUGAUUCAUGUGCCUGCUAG